UCCAAACAAACAGAUUCGAACAUUUGUUGUCUGCUUUGUGUCUUUUGCGACUGCGAGUCAAUCACGGUUUCAUUCCAAUAAAUUGAAUUAACAAGAGUGGUAAUCAAUAGUAGUUUUGACGAAAUGCAAGAAAAUCAGCUUUCAGACGAAGAAUAUGUGAUUUAUCGAACCAAAAGUAGUCAAAAACUGGAUGCUGCCACAGCUAAAGCUUGGAUGAUUACCGCAAAAACAUUAUUCCCGCGAAAUUUUGCUGUUCAGCUAGAAGCAUAUACCACUCAAAAAUCUGCAAACAAUCCUAAAGAAGCAGCAAGAUACUUUUCUAGUUUAUUCUUUGAUUUUCCAAAUGAAGUGGAAUUAUGGGAGGAAGUGCAGGAAAUUACAUCAGCUCUUCAGAAAGUUGAUGCUAAUGAAUCCUCACGUUUUUAUAGAGAUUUAUUUUCUCACAUGCUUACAGAAGUACAACAUCAGCUAUUGCUUUCUAUGGCAGAGAGGGCAGAAGAUACAAUAGAACAUUGCAGAUUAAUGUUGGUUUUAUUGGCUAGACUUCCACAGUUUGUUGACACACAUGGUAAAAAAUUAGUGGAUACUUUGCUGACAACAGAAAAGCACAGUCACUAUCAAACUCCAGUUAAUUGCUUCAGGAAAUUGCUAGUCGUAGAUUUACUCCCAACACUGCUUGGUUCCAGAACAAUUGAUGUCCCUCAGAAACAACUAUAUAGACUCAUUUUGAAAUCAAUUGAAUUCUAUGUAAAUUGGUUUGCUAGUGGAUCUCCAUUAAUUCAGGGUGUGGAAGGAUCUGAGCUAAAAACAGAAGAGGCAUGGACCAAUCUAUUUAAAAUAAUGUUUGCCAUGGGGCGCAAACUCGGAUGGGAACUUAGUUCGAUGUUCAGUAUCGAGAAUCGGGAAUUAAUGUGUCAAAAUCUAUGGGCGUUUUUUCGCUCAACUCCUCUUGGUGAUGAAGACAGUCCAAACUUCCGGCAGUUAUUAUAUUGUACUACAGUUCUUCUAGUGGAAUCUUUAUAUGAAUACAUGAGGAAAAUAGAUCCUGCGUGUUUUCAAAUUCCAAAUCAAGGAAACAAAAUGGAAACUACUCAACUAUUACUUGUUCGUGCAUUUCUUCCAAGCGUCGAUAGUGGUCUUGAAUCUGCUUUGAAACGUCGCAAGGACGAAAAUUCUGCAUCGCAUUCCACGUUGAAUGUGACUGUAACAAAAAGCUGCCCAACACCGACAGCAACCACUUUGUUAUCGAGUUUUUUAACUGCUGUCAGUUGCUGGGAACUGCUUCAACAAACGGAAGAACUUCGGAAUGAGUUUUCAAAAAUUUGCCUGCAUCUUCGAACAGAGUCAUGGCUUUGGUUGCCAAAUUUCAUUGCCGAUGUUUAUUUGCAUCAAGGGCUUUACGCAGAAGCGUUAACCAAGUUGCAGUCUGUGGGUUCAACCGUUCUUAAUCCCCAAUCGUUUCUUUUAAAAUCUUCAGGGAUUUUUUUCGGCUUGGGAAACCAUAUAGCAGCCACAGAACAAAUAUUGCACGCUGUUGCUAACUUGCCAUUAGAAGGUGGCAGUGAUUUACCAACAUCGUUUACGAUUCCAUGCUUUUCCAGUCCCAUUGGAAAGCCUCCCUUACAUUUUAUGGCCUUAAACCGGACAGAAAUCGUUCAAUAUUCCGUAAGUGUUUUGCUGGCUUGCCUCCAGGAUCGUGCUUUUAAGAAUGGAAAUUCCGAUUUGGCUGUAGGACAUCUAAUUGUUCUACUUCAAUAUGACUGGCCAAACAAUUCAAAUCUUCUAGAAGAAAGUUUAGAAAAAAUUCGACGUCAGGGUCAAUUUACAUAUCAACUGUUUUCUUCCUAUGUUAUCCAAGUUGAUAUUCUGGAAGAAAUAGCUUAUCUAGUUACGGAUCAAGGAGGAGCCAUUAACGUUGAUAUCUUUCCUCCUUCUGCUGCACAGUUAGCUACGCAAAGGAGAAUGACUACUCGAAGAGGUGACUUGGGCGCACGAGAGGACUUUCGUUCAGCUAUGAAACGCCAGAUGGGACGAAGUCCAGAAAAUAUUCAAAACCUUAUGAUACGAUUCAUGAUCCGCGAAAGAGAAAACAUACUACAGGCAAUGAAAGUUUGAAUUUAUCAGGAAAAAAAACGGAAUUUCAGGAAGUCUUCAAUACAUUCAGCAAUGCGAGUCAAGUAAAGACUACUUGGUCUUAUGUUAAAGAUCAUGUUUGUUAAUUCGGUUUUGUUAACAGUUCCCAAAAUACUUUCAAUUAUUACAUCUUUUGCUGACAAAGGAAAAACAGAAGUUAGAUUUAAGGAAAUGCGUAACCAGGAGAGAUUCUCUAAAUUGGAUAAUUCAAAUGUCAAGUUAAAUUUCGAAUAAUCCGUGUCAAAUUUGAUUGAUCGUGGGUUAGCCAAUGACUCAAAUUUCGGAGAAUCUUCCGUGGCAAAAUCAAGAAAUAUGCGAGUGUACUCUUCAACGAUGUGCAUCAACUUCGGUAAAUCUUGUGUGGUCAAACAUAUUUCUUUAAGAUUGCUAUUUUCUAACGAAUUUUCUAGGAUCACCAAUCCCAGUCGGGUCCAUUUAUCUUUCACGUCUAAUCAACAACAAAUAAAUGUUAAAACACAAUUAAAA